AUGCCAAUGACACCCGUUCCGAGCAAUGCCAGAAAAGUUAUUGAGAACUUCAGCUAUGCACUUACAGAUGCCAUUGGAAAGGGUUUCAGUUCUAUUGUGUAUAGAGGCAGGAAUGAUGAAACUAAUGAAAUUGUGGCAAUAAAGGUCAUUGAUAAGAAGGGACUUAAAACACCCUUACAUUAUCAAUUGUUGAGGUCAGAAGUGGAAGCUCUUUCCCAACUAAACUCAAACAAUAUCAUGAGAUUAUACAAGGUUUAUUACACUGAGAACAAUACCUAUCUAAUAACAGAGUAUUGUGACUCUGGGGAUUUGGGUUCAUUAUUAACCAAACAAGGAGCAUAGAAAGAAUCAUAGUUACAAAGGUUGUUCUAAGGAAUAAUAUAGGGAUAUAAAUAGAUGAAGCAAAAGGGUAUUGUACAUAGAGAUCUCAAGCCAGCCAAUAUUCUAUUAAAAGGACAGGUUCCUAAGAUAGCAGAUUUUGGAUUUGCCACUACUCCUUAGACUGUUGCCACCAUGCCCAAUGUAAAUGUUGGAUCUCCAUUGUACAUGAGCCCUCAGGCAUUUAAAAAUAGAUAUUCUGAAAAGUCUGAUAUUUGGGCUUUGGGUGUUAGUUUAUUUGAAUUACUAUUUGGGUAAGUUCCAUGGCAAGCAGGGACUGAACGAGAAUUAGCUUAGAGGAUGGCUACUGUGCCUGUGAAUUUCCCAGGACAUCUCUCAGAUGAAUGCAGAGACUUUAUUCAGAGGUGUCUGGUAGUUGAUGAGAACAGAAGAGCUACAGUUGAAGAAUUAGAAAGACAUGUCUGGUUACAAAGAUAAGAAUUGCAAGUGAUUAAAGGGAAUGGAUUUUAGGGUAUUUUUAGAGGUAGUCAUGGUGGUCAACAAAAUCACAUUCAAUUCCACAAUAUCUAGAGUAAUGGUUGUGUCAAUACCACAUCUCCUUUAGGGGAGGCUCAUAAUAAAUAGUAGAUGUUGAUGUAACCAAGGGAAAGCACUUACGGAAAAGAAAAUACAUCUUCAAUACCUAGAUAAUAACAAGGCUGUAUUUAGUAACAACCUCUGAAAUCGAUUAAAAGAGUCCAAGAAUCAAGGAAGGAGUCUCAAGUCAAUUAGUCGAUGAAUCAGGAAUACUCUAGUUAGAGAGAUGAGGAAUGGAAUGAAAAUAAGAAGAAUGAUUACAUAAUUGUAGCUUAAAUGAACUUUUGCAGAUAUUUAUAUAGAGUGGCAGCAUUAAUUGAUAAAUAUCGAUUUGUUACUACUCAAUAUUUGAGAGAGAAAUUGUUGUUUCUAGUGAACAAGAACAUAAUGGUCAAAAUGAAUAAUCUGAAAGAAGUCAUUGAUGGUCACAACGCUCUUAAUUUAGAUAAGUUCUAAGAGUAUAUCUAGAAUCCUUAGUUUAGUAAGUUGAGUUCAGCCAUCAAUUAGUAUAAUCAAAAAUACACUUUACAAUUCAAUACUGUAUGGUUGUGUCUAUAGAAUCCAGAAUAAAAAUAAUUGUUGGUUGUUGACAAAAAGUUCGAUGCAAUUUUUGAUGAUAAUUUUACUGAGUAUGAAUCUUUUUACAUAAUUCUCAACUCCAUUCUCAGAAGUGCAAUCAAAGAGAUUGAAUACUAACUCGAAUAGAAGAUCACAUUCCAAGAUACCCAAUAAUUAUUGCCAAUAGACAUCGAAGGAGGUGUAAUAUUAUUGGAUUACUUGAUCACAUACUUUUAAUUAGCAUCCCUAAUUCAAGAGUGUUUCGAAGAUCAUUAUGGAUUUGCUGUAGAUUCUAAAAUCGAAUAAAUAGCUGAUGGCAAACCAGUGCGUCUGACCUUUGGACACUACAUCGAAAUCAGAAGUAAGAUAAAAUAACUUGAUAUUUGA